AUGACUCAGGCCGAGAAAGAGCAGGACAACGGGAAGGAAAAGGAGAAAGACCGGGACAAGGAGAAAGAGAAGGAGCAACAACGCGGAGUGAAAAGACCCAUCGCUCCUGCAGCCAUCCCUGACCCUGCUCAGGAGCAAAUCCAGAGCAAUUUUAUCAUUGUAAUCCACCCCGGAUCGAGAACCCUUCGCAUCGGCCGAGCCACAGACAACCUGCCUGUCACUGUCCCUCACGUCAUCGCACGGAGGCACAAGCAGGCUGGACAGGCCCGGUAUGAAGAUGCUUGGCUGCUUAGAGACGGUCUGAAUAAGGCAGAGAGCAGCGAGCAAAGGCAGAAUGGGCUGAAAAUGGUCGAGCAGGCCAUCUGGUCCAAGAAGAUGUCCAACGGCGUGAGAAGGACUCCUGUGUCCGCUGAACAGGCCCGAGCAUAUAACUGUCAGAUUCGUCCAGCAGUUCUAGACAGCAGUUCAAGAGUAAAGUGGACAAACACAAGCCACCAACCCAAUUAUCUGGUGGGAGAGGAGGCUCUUUAUGUGAAUCCAACAGACUGUUACAACAUCCACUGGCCCAUGGUCAGGGGUCAGCUCAAUGUGCAUUCUGGCUCUGGAGGCUCUCUGACUGCAGUGCUGGCCACUCUUGAGACAAUCUGGAGUUACGUCAUUCAGAAGCACCUGGAGAUCCCCCUGAAAGAGUUGAAGUAUUACAGAUGCAUCCUGUUGGUGCCUGACAUCUACAACAGACAGCAUGUAAAGGAACUUGUCAACAUGUUGCUGCAUAAUAUGGGCUUUUCAGCCAUCAUUGUGCACCAGGAGUCGGUGUGCGCCACAUUCGGCAGUGGGUUAAGCAGCGCUUGUGUAGUGGACGUGGGCGACCAGAAGACCAGCAUCUGCUGUGUUGAGGAUGGAGUAUCCCAUCGAAACUCAAGGCUUUGUUUGGCAUACGGUGGCUCAGAUGUGACCCGCACUUUCCUGUGGCUCCUGCAGAGGGCAGGCUUUCCCUACAGAGACUGUCAGCUGACCAACAGGCUGGACUGUCAGCUCCUGCAGCAUCUAAAGGAGACCUUCUGUCAUCUGGAUCAGGACAUCUCAGGAUUACAGGAUCACGAGUUUCAGACACGUUUCCCAGAAGCCCCAGCUCUCUUGUACCAGAUUCGGCUUGGGGAUGAAAAAUUACAGGCACCCAUGGGUCUUUUCUACCCAAGCACCUUUGGCAUUGUUGGUCAGAAGAUGACAUCACUACAGUACCGUUCCCAAGGCGACUCAGAAGAUCCUCACGAUGAGCACUACCUGCUGGCCACGCAGAGCAAAGGGGACCAGUCCUCCAAAUCUGCAGCAGAACGAAAGGCUGUUUCCAGGCCAGGUGGGGGUAUGGAUGGUGAGAUGGGCUGUCAAGGAAGAAUGGGGGAGAUGUCUGACAUGCCUAGAGGCUGCGGAAGCGGUAGUGGGAACGCCGCUGGAGGAGGGCUACUUGGAGAAAUGGAGCUGGGGCCAGCCCAGGGCGAGUGUCUGAUGGGGUCAGGAGAGGCGGAAGAGCCUCUGUCUACUCACCUCUCCAGGAAGACGGCCAUCAUUAGCCAGUUUGAGAGCAAGGCUUUGGGGCUGGACAAGGCUAUCCUGCAUAGCAUCGACUGCUGUGCAUCAGACGAAACCAAACGGAAGAUGUACAGCUCCAUCCUGGUUGUGGGAGGAGGGCUCAUGUUUCACGGAGCUCAGGAAUUUCUGCUCCAUCGCAUCAUCAACAAGAUGCCGCCGUCCUUCAGAAGGCUGGUGGACAACGUGGAAGUCAUCACGCGGCCAAAGGACAUGGACCCCAGGCUGAUUUCAUGGAAGGGGGGAGCAGUGCUGGCCUGCCUGGACACCACGCAGGAGAUGUGGAUCCAUCAGAGGGAGUGGCAGCGCUUCGGCGUCAGAAUGCUUCGCGAAAGAGCUGCAUUCGUCUGGUGAAAGCGAACGGAGGCUCUGGAGCUGAAACUCAUCGUUUAUACACAAGGCUGAGUGGAAAAGGGACAAUUUGAACAUGAUUUUUUUCUGUUUAAGCUGUUUUUGAAGAAGAAAAGUUAAACUGCUUUGUGUAACCUAGAUGAGGUCUUGGUUAUGUAACUUUCAGUGUUUUAUACAUGUUUUCAUUUUUUGUUCUGAAAAGAGUCCUGUCCUUUUCUCAUUUUCUUGCAGGUCUGGAAGUGUAAAUAAAUGCAGUCUCAUUUGAAAAAA